AAAAUAAACAUGGCGUUAUCAACAAGCCACGAGGUUUUGAUUACAACAGGGACAUCGGAGCAGUCAUGGAGUGCUUGUGCUUGGGAUAUUUUGACUGGAAGUUCAAUCCGAACUUUCAAAGGCGUUACUGUGGGAAGGAGGGGACUAUGCGUUCAGGCCAAUCAUACUAUCAUCGGCGCAUCCGCUACUAAGCCAUUUCUCCAAUUGUGGGGACUGACUAAAAGGGAGGAUAACCAACAGAAGAUUGUAUGUCCUGGGAAGGUAACAUCGCUGGCGGUUUCUUUUGAUGGACUUUAUUGUGUGGCUAGCAUAGCAGAAAAACUAUAUGUGUGGGAGAUGAACACUGGUGGUUUACUAGCAGUACUUGUUGGCCAUUAUCUGACAGUUACUGUCAUUCGUUUCACAGACGAUGGCAACUACUUUGUUACUGGCAGUGAUGAUGGUAUAGUAUCGGCAUGGAGUCUGGCAGAUGUGAUAUCCACAACAGUAUCUUCUGCAACAGGGCCCAAACCAUGGCAUAAGUGGUCUGCGCAUCCACUUGCUAUUAAGGACAUUCAUGUCGGCUGUGGAGGGGCACUUGCAAGGGUCAUUUCUUGUUCCAUAGAUCAAACAUGUAAAAUGUGGGACAUUAACAGUGGAGAAUUGAUGCAGACAUUCGUACAUGAGGAUGAGGUGCACAGUGUUACAAUGGACAAACUGGAGCUGCGACUUUUUGCUGGCUUAAAAAAUGGAGACAUCUGCUCCACACCUCUCUAUGCUCAGCAAUGGCAGAAAGAACAUCACCCGAGCUCAGCCAAUACAGAUUCAGAUCAGAUGGUACUCAAAGGACAUAUGGAUGUAGUCACAUGUUUAUCAGUGUCUUUUGAUGGAAGCCUCCUGGUGUCUGGAUCUGCAGACAAUACUGUCAAAGUGUGGAACAUCUUCAGUGGCAGGCUGAAUUACACACUGGAUCAUAAAGGUCAAGUUACCAACAUUCUGCUGGUGUUAAUGGAUGCUCCUAAAUACAGGAUAUCUCAUCAGCGUCCAGUCCCAUCCUUCAUGCAGCAGCUAGUCAGCCAGCAGGAGAAGAAAGUUGAUAGAGUUUUCAAUUUGGACAUACAGAACAUAUCACAGUCGUCCUGCUGUGGUGUCAAAAGGGAUUAUUCCAGAUUGCUCACCAGCACAGAGAUCCCUAAGGAAGAGACAGUCCAGAAAAAAGACAAGAAAGAAGCAAUUAACCAGACUAAUCUUGUACAAGAACUAGCCCGUCUAAAACAAAUAAAUCAAGACAUGUACACAUUUAUAACCAAAAAUAUUGUGAAACCAUCCUAGCUCCAUGGAACCAAAUUGUGUGUGUGUGUG